AUGCCCCCCAAGAAGGCCGUCGUUCAAGAAAAGGUCCUGCUGGGCCGUCCAGGAAACAACCUGAAGAGUGGUAUCGUUGGUCUCGCCAACGUCGGCAAGUCCACGCUCUUCCAGGCCAUUACCAAGUCGUCUCUUGGUAACCCUGCCAACUUCCCCUAUGCUACCAUUGACCCCGAAGAGGCUCGUGUCAUUGUCCCCGAUGACCGCUUCGACUGGCUGUGCGAGCACUACAAGCCCAAGUCUCAGGUUCCCGCCAACUUGACCGUCUAUGAUAUCGCCGGUCUGACCCGUGGUGCCUCCACCGGUGCCGGUCUCGGUAACGCUUUCUUGUCGCACAUUCGUGCCGUCGAUGCCAUCUUCCAGGUCGUCCGUUGCUUCGAUGAUGCCGAGAUUAUCCACGUCGAGGGUGACGUCGACCCCAUCCGUGAUCUGACCAUCAUCAGCGAGGAGCUGCGUAUCAAGGAUAUCGAGUUCGUCGAGAAGGCUCUCGAGAACCUUCAGAAGCAGACCAAGCGUGGUGGUCAGACUCUUGAGAUGAAGAAGCUGCGUGAGGAGGAGGCUACCGUUGCCAAGGUGCUCGAGUGGCUCAAGGACGGCAAGGACGUCCGCAAGAACGAGUGGGGUCCCAAGGAGGUUGAAACCAUCAACCCCCUGAUGUUGCUCACUGCCAAGCCGGUUGUCUACCUGGUCAACCUGAGUGAGAAGGACUACAUCCGCCAGAAGAACAAGUACCUGCCCAAGGUGUUCGAGUGGAUCAAGACCAACUCUCCGGGUGACUCCCUGAUCCCCAUCUCCGUCUCGUUCGAGGAGCGUCUGACCCGCUUCGAGAGCGAUGAGGCUGCUCUGGAGGAGUGCAAGAGCCUGAACACCAAGUCGGCCCUGCCCAAGGUGAUUACCACCAUGCGUCAGGUGCUGAACCUGGCCAGUUUCUUCACCACCGGUACGGACGAGGUGCGCCAGUGGACCAUCCGUAAGGGCAUCAAGGCCCCGGCUGCUGCUGGUGUUAUCCACACCGACUUUGAGAAGACCUUUAUCCAGGCCGUUGUGUACAACUACGCGACUCUGCGUGAGUACGGCGACGAAGGUGCCGUCAAGGCCGCUGGUAAGGUGAUGACCAAGGGUAAGGAUUACGUUGUGGAGGAUGGUGAUAUUCUGUUGAUCAAGGCGGGUGCUGCCCGUGGUUAAGUGGUUAAAUUGUUUAUAUAGCCACCCAAUACCAUUAUCAUUUCCUUC